UUGAAUUCAGCCACAGAAAAGGGAAGUUUCUAUCUUAUUCAAAUGUUCUGACAUGGUUAAUUACCUCCAGUGAAAGAGAGAGACGACGCCUAGACGAGCAGAAUCAUAAGCUGUAAAGAUCAUUGAGGAAUUGAAGAUGGUGCUUCUGUUCUCAUUUCUAAUAUCUCUGAAGAUAUCAUGUGUUUCUUCUUGGUCUGCUGGUAAAUGUCUUUUCUACAGUGUUUCGGAAGAGUUUCCUGUUGCUAAAGCCUGUACUGGAAAAACAAACACUGCCUUCUGCCAUCAUGUCACUGACAUUAAAGAAGACCUGCGUGAACUUCCAUCAAACUUACAGAACCUCUGCAUUCAAAUUGACCGAGACUGCCACAGUACCUUGGCUCCAGACUCAUUCGCACGUUUUGUUUCUCUGGAUUACCUUGAAAUUCAUGGAUGUUUUUCAGAGAUCCCUCCGGAAGCUUUUAAUGGUUUGACAAAUGUAACUUCAUUAAGAUUAGCUAAUGUUUUAAAAAACUGUUGUGAGGUAGCUCUUGAUUUCAGUCGCCUUCCCUCACUUAACACUUUGUUUCUUUCAAACUAUAGAUUAUCAUUAUUGGCACCAAAAGUUUUUGAAAUGAUUCCUUACUUGCAAAAAUUAUACUUGUUCAAAAUGUGUUUGAAGGAUAUAUCUGAGGUUCUGUGUCGACUGGCAAAUGUAAAAUCACUGAAGGUAUUUUAUCUAUAUGAACACACAUUAAAUAGACUUCAGUACCCAAACUGCUCAGUUUUCAACACCUCUCAUGGUUACAUAUCUACUGUGUUAAACAUUGAAGAGGUAAUAUUGAAAAUGGGAAAAUUAGAGCAUGUAGAUGAGGGAGCUUUGAAAGUUUUGGGAAAUCUGUUUGAAUUUAUUUUUCAUUCUAAAGACUUCCUCAAAGAUCUUUCUUUAAUUGGAGUACAUAAAAUCAAUAAUUUGGGUGUCAUGGUGGAUGUACUUAAAAUUGAUGACUUGUGUACAGCAGCAAAGUUAUAUUCAAUUGAGACUUUUCAAGUUUUUUAUGAGAGUAUUAAGUUGCCCCUGACUCCUACUAAUAUCUCAGAUGGCUGUAAAGAUGUUAAAAAUGUUUGGCUUGAAUAUCUUUUUAAGAAUGAAAAAAAACUUAUAGAUGUAUACUGGUUCUUUCAGAUUUUCAGGAACCUCACUUCUGUUUCCAUAAUUAGGUGUGUGCUUAGACCAAAUGACUUUCAAUCUCUUUGUGCUUCAGAUCCACAGAUAGUCAAACAGCUUUCCUUUAUGUUUCUAAGCUCAAAUAAGAUAGAUGAGAUAGUUGCAUACCAAUUUAUGUGUUUCACAGAUCUUGAAAUUCUAGAUUUAUCCUCAGAUCACAUUUCUAACAUAGAAGAUUUUGCUUUUGUUGGAUUAAACAAUUUGAAAGAGCUAUAUCUCUGUAGCAACAAGUUAUCUUACAUUUAUCAACACACAUUCAGUGGUUUAUAUGGACUAAUGGUCCUAGAUCUCCAAGAAAAUCCUAUUAUUCAUAUCGAAUCUCAUUCAUUUGGACAUCUUAUUAACCUUAGCACACUUCUGCUGGGAGAUCUGAACUUUCCACCUGACAUGUCACCAAUCAAGCUGCAUUUAUUUGAUAUAUUUGGCAUAAUUCCAUAUAAUUUGAGUAAUAUUUUAAUUAGUUCAGGCCUGAGACCAAUGCAGCUUGUGAUCAGGAGUAAUACUACACUGGAUCAGGCUCUAAACUUGCACAUCAAAGGUCAAUAUGUGACUAUUGAGGACUGCAACAGUUCACUCUUGACAUCUGUUGUCACACUUCAGAUAGAUGCAGCAUAUGUGAGCUGUGGAAAUGAAUUCAUUGGGAAAUAUGUCAGAUCGGUCGUCAGUCUGGAAUUUAACUCCGUGUUCUCAGGCGAUAUUGGAGACUUGUCUGUAAUCAAUCAGCUUGUUCAUUUAAAAACCUUAAAAUUGGCAAACAUUGAAUUGACUAAGCAGCCAAACAUGGCCGUAAUGUUUCACAAUCUGACCAAACUCCAGACGCUGAUCCUGGCGAACUGCAGAUUCUUCUUUCUGGAUGGAAGUCUGACCAAAGAUUUAAAGGCACUGACAGGUCUAGUGCUCAUUCUAAAAGACAACGUCAAUGUUCUUCAGAACUUGGUGGAACAUCUCACUAGUUUGAAAUACCUCUGUCUUCAGGGCUUGAGUCUGUACUGCAGUUGUGAUAAUGCGUGGCUGCUCUCAUGGGUGAAGGACAACAGGAAGGUACAGGUUGACAUGUUCAACCCCACCAUGAAAGAACUGCAGUGUUUGAGUUACAAUGGAAUUGACCACCUCAACUUUAUUGACUAUGCUAAGGAGAACUGCUCAUUUGAAAUCGAAUUUGUGUUCUUUGCCUCCACUUCUGGAUUUUUGUGUAUUUUUAUUAUUGUGGUACUGUCAUAUAAGUUUGCAGGCCAAUACAUCGCGCCUUUCUAUCACAUUGCCAGUGGAUGGUUCAGAGAGGCUUUGCGUGGGAACGGUAAACAUCAGUACCGCUAUGAUGUUUUCGUGUCUUACAGCGCUAAAGAUGAACACUGGGUCAUGGAGGAACUUCUUCCUAACUUAGAGAGGCGCGGCCCUCCGUUUUUGCGUCUCUGUCUGCACAGUCGGGACUUUCAGUUGGGAGAAGACAUUGUGGAAAACAUCACAGACAGCAUCUACGCAAGUCGCCAGACUCUUUGUCUCGUCAGUCGCAACUACCUCAGUAGCAACUGGUGUUCUUUGGAGUUGCAGUUGGCCACCUACAGGCUCCAGGUAGAACACAGGGACAUUCUUAUCCUGGUCUUCCUAGAAAUGAUUCCAUCUCGCUGGCUAUCCUCCCAUCAUAGACUGGCCCGGUUGGUAAAAACUAGAACCUAUCUAGACUGGCCACAGGACCCAGAGAUGCAUGAGGCAUUCUGGGACAGGUUAUGGUGUAAACUCAGCUCUAAUAAAGCCAACUAGACUUUGUUUCUGUACAUUGUAAAGUUGAUUAAACAAUUGCAAAGUGAGCAAAAUUCCACCAAAAGUUCAAUCAAUAUGUCAACUAAUGGAAAAAAUUUUCUAUUUUUCUUUUUUCUUUCUUUUUUUUUUUUUUUACCUCAAGUGGCAAAUGGAUGAGAAAAGUUAACUUUAAAUAUAUUUAGCUUAAAUGUAAUGUCCAUGUUUUAUUUACUUUUUUAUAUGCUUAAUAAACCUGGUGUAACAUCAAAUAUGUUACUGUGCAAACAUGACAAAAUAUGGCUGUAGCAAGAGUUAACUAUUUCAUCUUAAAAAAAAAUAGCACACUUUAAACAUACAUAAACUGAUGUUUGGAGUAACUACUGAAAUAUAUUUUUCUGAUAAAAAUCAACCUCAGACUAUUUCUGAAUAUGUUCAGAAAUGAGCUGCUCUUAGGAGAUAUUUUAACCCAUGCGUUUGUACAAAUUAGUUUCAGUUCAUGUUUUCUGGAACACUUUCCUUAGUGGGGUGGGUUUAAAAGAAACUUGUUCUGUACAAAUUUUCUUUGUAUUUCUCAACUGUAAGCAUGUACAGGUUAAACUAAUCUGAUCACAAAUUACUGCAUGCACACAAACACAACUUUUGUAUCCUUUUUUUUAUUUUUGAUUACAUGAUUAAAAAACUGUUUGACAAAUUUGAAAAUUAAAAUUUAUAUAUAGAAAAUUUGUAUUUAGAAAAAAACUUUCAAAAAAAAUAAAAUUUAAACAACUUAAAGAUAUCAUCAAUAUCAUUUUUUGGCAUAUUAGAUUUCCGCAAGACAGUCUGUAGGUCUAUUUUUUCUCCCUUAGCUGUUUGUGCCGUAUUGUUUUUUAACACUUCUUUUUUUUGCGAAUAGUUGUGGUCGGCUGCAGUUCCUCCCAUGUUUCAAUUACACAGAUUUUAACUGUUCUAGAGCACAUCCUGGAAAAUGCAGAUCUGGUUCUGAUAGUGCUGUUGCGUGCCAUGAAGUCUCUGAGGUGCCAUCGAGUUCUCCAAAGAGUAAAGAAGGAACAGGACUGUUUUGUUGGGAAAGUCUUUUGAAGCAUCAGUGCCUUGUGAACUUCUAUCUUAAACUUCUUAAAUCUCUUCUCCACUCUGAAUUUACAGUUUUGUUUUCAACUGUACUCACACAAAAUCCUUACAAGUCACACAAUUUCUGAAACCUGACACUCAAACAGCAGAACCACACGCCAAAUCUGCAAAACCAUGCACUAUUUUUUUAACCUUCGAUUCAGUUUUCAAUUUCAUAAAACACUUUUUGCAAAACACAUCACACAAUUCUCUAUUUAACAUACAAAAAUCUAACAGGAAGUAUCUUGAUUUCCUUUUUCAAACACAACCAUUGUUUCUGUCCAACUACACAUGGUUGAUGUGUUUCUUUUCUUUCGUACUUUGUAAUACUGUAUUC